UUUCCUGCAAGGACCAUCUUUCUGCUUCUUCAAUAAACUUAACCUUCUUCCCAAAGCAGUCGCCAUGUUGCUUAUUUUUUCCCGGCUUGGAUGAACCAGGAUGAAGACUUACUUCUGACAUUAGGAAGAGGUGAUGUCGUGAGUAUGACAUGCCUGCUCUAUGGGGUCUAAUGAUGACUCAGAGUUGGGCAAUUAUCCUUGCCAAGCAUGGAUCAUUCUCAGAUGUGUGCCUGGAUUAGGCAGCAUGUAAAAUAAUAUGGAAAUAUAUACUCCAUGUGGCUUCGACCUUACCUUGUAGUUGUGCUGUCUGGAUUUAAAACUGUGAAAGAAGGAAUGACCAGCUUCCCAGAAAAUUCUCUGACCUACUAGAUGAUCCUUUCUUUGAUAUUUUAGGGAAAGAAAAGGGAAUUAUUCUUUCUAAUGGCCACAUCUGGAAACAGCAGCAACACAUUGCCAUCACUUCUCUGAGGAAGCUGGGCCUGGGAAAGAAAAGCAUUGAACAUCAAAUGGAAGACACAGCUCAGACAUUGGUGGAGUUUUUUAGACAAAAAAAGGACAGCCAUUUGACUCGUCACUUCUGGUACUAAAUGCAGUUUGUAAUGUCAUUUGUGGACAUCAGUUUGCUCCUGAAGAUGAAAACUUCCAGAAACUAACUCAAGCCAUUAGAAUUCUGUUCAAUUUCACUGGUGACUUUUAUCAUGUGAUUUAUGAUUUAUUCCUGUGGUUAAUGAACUACCUCCCAGGCCCUCACAAGAAGGCCCUGGCUUCUGUGGAUUUAAUCCUUACCUUUGCAAAGCAGGAAAUAGAGAAACACAAAGAAUCUCACUGUCUGCAAGAGCCACAGGAUUUCAUUGAUUACUAUCUUCUUUGAAUGGAAAAGGCAUGGUUUUAUUGUAGCUCAAUACAUGAGAAAGGAAUCAUCACAUUCCUUGCUGUAGAAAAUGUCCAUUAUGUACCCUAAUCUACAGCCGAAAUGCUGGAGAUGUGGAUAUUUGGAUGCUACCUAUUACCAUAUUUGGUGGACGUCCAACUUUAUUCCUAAACCUUGGCUAAUGAAUGCUGCUGGAAUUAUGUCAUACACAUUGUAUUUGCUCCAGGACAUCCCUAUUACUAACUUCUAUCUGAGGAAUGACCCCAAGUCUACCUACAAUGAAGAGAACUUGGCUCAGUGUAUUUUUUAUUUUUUUGCUGCUGGGACAGAGACAAGCUUUGCUACUCUGAAGUGGGCACUGCUCCUCUUGACAAAUCAUCCCAACAUCCAAGAGAAAGUCCAGAAGGUGAUUGAAGAUGUGUUUGGCUUAUUGGGGUCAAUUUCUUAUCAGGAUCGGAAGAAGCUGCCCUACACCAACGCUGUGAUUCAUGAAAUGCAGCGUGUAAAGUAUAUCUUGCUAUUUGGGCUUCCCAGGCAAAGCACAAAGGAUGUGAAGAUGAGGGGUUAUCACAUCCCAAAGGGAAGCUUUAUUAUCCCAGACCUGCGCUCUGUUCUUCUUGAUCCUGAACAAUGGGAGACACCUGAAGAAUUUAACCCAAAUCACUUUUUAGAUAAGGAUGGGAAGUUUAUUGAAUGGGAAGAGUUUCUGCCCUUUGGAAUAGGUCAGCGUGCAUGUGUGGGAGAGCAGCUGGCAAGAAUUGAGACCUUCAUCUUUCUGACCAGCCUGUUGAGGGCCUUCAGCUUCCGGUUGCCUGAAGGAGUGAAAGAACUCAAUGAAGCCCCUAUUGUAAAAAUGUCAAUGCAUCCAUACCCUUAUAAACUGUGUGCUAUUCCCACACAUUCUUAAACUUAAACACUAUAAAAAGCAGAACACUAAUUAUAGAAUAGCUAUUCAAUAUGUUGCUGAAUAGGUGGGUUCAUACAACAUACCUUACCAGAACAACAAAAGACCAGAAAGCUAUGUACGUGAAGGAAGUGUUAGAAGUAAGUCUUCAUCCUGGUUCAUCCAAGCCGGGAAUAAAUAAGCAACAUGGCGACUGCUUUGGGAAGAUGGUUACAGUUUAUUGAAGAAGCAGAAAGAUGGUUCUUGCAAGAA